GACCUUGGGUUUAUCCUCAAAUUAAUUGGGCAUUCACCUGAAGCUGCUAUGCAGAGCGGAGCAGGACACUCUGCAAAAGAAAGGGUCUCUCCGGCAUCCUCUGGUCCUCAUUCUCGGUGAAUUCGGGACACUUGAAGAUGCCACUACACUUGGCUAUAUGGAUGCUACUUGUGCUAGCGGGCUUUCCGGCGUCGCGUUCGCUCUCCGGUCCUCACUUGGCAGAUUUGAACGUAUUGUUGCCUCCCACGAUAAAAAAUCCGGUGGAGUACCGGCUUCGAGGAAGUGAUGGCUGUUUUCAGUGGUCCUGGGAUCAUCAUGAUAUUCUAUCUGUUCUGCCUGAAUAUAACUUGAGUAGUCAGUGUUCAAUGAGUGCCAGGCUGAUAUCGAUUGCCCCUUACAGCGGUCGAAAGGAGACUGCUGUGUAUGCUGCUGAUGUACAUACAGGGAUUGUAAUUCGAUGCAUGGUUUUUAUUGAUAAUAUCUCCAGGAUCCAGAUAUUUCACAACUCUAUUAAACUUGACUUAGAUGGGCUUGCUACUCUUCGUGUCCGUGCCUUUGAUAGUGAAGAUAAUGUAUUCUCAUCAUUAGUGGGUUUGCAAUUCAUGUGGCUGCUAAUGCCUGAAACUGAUGGGUUACCUCAUCACCUUGUUCAUGUUCCUUUGAAGGAUUCUCCUCUCAGUGAUUGUGGUGGAUUAUGUGGCGACCUAAAUAUCCAAAUAAAACUUGAAGAUAGUGGUGUAUUUUCUGAUUUGUGUGUUGUAAAAGGAAUUGAAAUAGGCCAUGAGCUUGUUUCUGUGCAUUUGCUGGAGCCUCAGUUUGAGCACAUGGAAGAUAAGAUUGUUCUAACUGUAGCAGAAGCAAUGUCACUUGAUCCUCCAUCGCCUGUUUUCAUCCUUAUUGGUGCUGCUGUCCAUUAUGGUCUUAAAGUUAUUCGUGGGAAUAUUCUUCAAGGGGUAACAUUACCUUCUCCAUAUUAUCGAUGGUUUGCUUCAAACUCUUCAGUUGCUCAAGUGGACAUUAUGAUGGGUAUAGCUCAUGCAUUGAACUUAGGGGUAACAAUUGUUACUGUUGAGGACACCAGGGUUGCUGGCCACAUACAAAUGUCAUCUCUACAUGUUGUAAUACCAGAUAAUAUAUGCUUAUACAUAUUACCUUUGUCUCUUUCUGGUGAUCCUGUUGAAGAAAUAAAUGCUAUUUCAUCUGUGGCAUGGUGGUACAUUAUUGCUGGCCACGAAUAUAUCAUUCAUGUGAAGGUUUUCUCUCAGGGGCCUGGUGCACAUGAGAUCUACAUUACAGAAAAUGAUGAUGUUAAGUUGCACUACCUGUCUGAAUACUGGAAGACCUUCGUGGCACCAGAUAGUCUUGUGGUCAAACAUGGCUGGAGGAAUUCUAGGAUCCUCAAAGCAACCUCUCCUGGACUGGGAAAAUUGAUGGCUUCAUUAACUUAUUCUAGUGGGUACCCUGAAAAAAAGGAGGUUGUCCAAGAAGUCAUGGUUUGUGAGCAAGUGAAAUUAAGCACAGGCAGCAAUGGUAGUGCAUCUCAAAGCAUUCUUCUUCCAUGGGUGCCUAGUGUUUAUCAGGAGGUGGAGCUGAAGGCUACUGGGGGUUGUGCAAAAGCUGGAAGUGACUAUAAAUGGUUUUCUUCAGACAAGGCUACCGUGUCCGUCUCUGCCACGGGGGUUAUCCAGGCAAUGAAGCCUGGUACAGCUACUGUUAAAGUAGUAUCCAUUUUUGAUUCAGUUAAUUAUGAUGAGGUGUCGGUUGAAGUUUCAAUCCCUUCCUCCAUGGUUAUGCUGCAAAACUUCCCGGUAGAGACUGCUGUAGGAUCACUUCUUCAAGCUGCUGUGACAAUGAAGUCGUCAAAUGGUGCCUAUUUUUACAAAUGUGAUGCUUUUAAUUCCUUCAUUCAGUGGAAAGUGGGAAGCGAAUCUUUUGUAAUUGUUAAUGGAACAGGAGAGACAUCUUACUUUGACAAAGUAGAAACUAUUGAGUCUUCUAUGCCUGUUUUUGGCCCUGCUUGUGCAUGGACCUAUUUAUAUGCUUCUAAUGCUGGUCAAGCUAUGCUGCAUGCGACGGUGUCGAAAGAAUAUCAACAGUAUGGACCUUUUCUAUUAAAAGCAUGCUCAUGUAUAGCGGCUUAUUUCCCACUUCGAGUUCAUCAGGCUGGUCAUGGAAACCAGUUUGGUGGUUACUGGUAUGAUUUGGAUCAAGAGGAAGCUCAUGUUAAUUUGGAAAAUUUGGUCAAUUUAUAUCUUGUUCCUGGAUCUCAAAUGGAUGUUUUGCUUCUCGGAGGACCUGAGCAGUGGGACCAAGGCGUUGAGCACAUUAAAACAGUGGAAAUUUUAGAUGAAAAACAUGCUUAUAUAAAAGACACAGAUAUUGUGCAUGAGGUUUCUAUGAGCCAUCGAAGUCUCUACAGAGUAUUUUGCCGAACAGUGGGAACAUUCAAACUUGUUUUUAAACGUGGAAACCUGGUUGGUGAUGACCAUCCCAUACCUUCCGUAGCAGAAGCAGAAUUGUCACUCUCAUGUAGCUUACCUUCCUCAAUUGUACUGAUAGCUGAUGAACCUGUUAAUGCACAGGACAUUGUAUGGAUGGAAGAUCAAAUUGACCGUGGUCCAGGCCAAAUUCGUGUUACCCCUAUUACUGUGGCAAAUGGACGCACCAUUCGAAUUGCCGCAGUUGGCAUUAGUAACUCUGGAAAAGCUUUUGCAAACUCCUCUUCUCUUUGUUUGAGUUGGGAAUUGAGCAGUUGUCAUGGGCUAGCACAUUGGCACAGUGAUUAUAAUUUUGAACGGUCCAAAUCUAGUUGGGAGAAGUUUUUGGUCUUGCAAAACGAAUCAGGACUGUGCAUUGUUCGUGCCACUGUUACUGGUUUCCAUGAUACCAUGACUGGUCAUCAUUCUGCUCUAUCUUUUGAAAAUUUGAAGGACCUUACAGAUGCUGUACGCCUACAGCUUGUUUCUACUCUAAGAGUCGAACCGGAUUUCCAGUUACUCUUCUUUAGCCCUAACACCAAGGUAAAUAUGUCGAUUACUGGAGGGAGCUGUUUUCUCAAUGCUGUUGCCAAUGAUUCUCAAAUUGUAGAAAUUGUUCAACCCCCAACAGGUUUACAAUGUUCACAAUUGAUAUUGGUACCAAAGGGGUUGGGGACUGCACUUGUAACAGUUUAUGAUAUUGGACUUACUCCACCACUUGCAGCUUCUUCUUUGGUUCGGGUAGCUGAUAUAGACUGGAUUAAGAUCAAUUCACAAGCAGAGAUAAGCCUCAUGGAAGGAAGCUUGCAAUCUAUUGACUUGUUGGUUGGGGUUAGUGAUGGGUUGAUUUUUGAUUCUUCUCAGUAUGUUAACAUGAAUAUAUAUGUUCAUAUAGAAGAUCAUAUAGUUGAUAUUGAAGAUGGUGAUGAUUUCUCAAGUUCUGGAGGUGGAUAUAUCAAUGAACCUAAUUUUGUUAUCAUGGCUAGGCAGAUUGGUGUAACAACUCUUUAUGUGAGUGCUAGACAGCAAUCUGGACAUGAAAUAUUGAGUCAACCUAUUAAGGUGGAAAUCUAUGCACCUCCGGUAAUACAUCCUGAUAAUAUUUUCCUGGUUCCAGGUGCAUCUUAUGUGCUUACUGCAAAAGGAGGCCCAACAGUUGGUGUGUACCUUGAGUACACUAGCAUUGAUGAUGGGAUUACGAAAGUUGACAAAGCUUUUGGACUGUUAUCUGCUAUUUCACCUGGGAAUACCACUGUGGUCGCCACGGUUUAUGGGAGUGGAGAUGUUAUGAUAUGUCAGGCAUAUGCUAGCAUUAAAGUAGGUGUUCCUUCUUCUGCAAUGUUGAGUUUACAGAGUGAACAGCUUGGUGUUGGGCGUGAGAUGCCAAUAUAUCCUCGUCUGCUAGAGGGUGAUUUGCUUUCCUUUUAUGAGCUCUGUAAGGAUUACAAAUGGACUAUAGAAGAUGAAAAGGUGUUGACUUUCCAAGCAAUGGAACACUUUGAUGGCGUUAAAUAUGGAGUCAAAUUUGCUGGUUCAAAUGAAUCAAAUGAAUUUGAAUUCACUAGCAACACAGAUAUGAAAGACUUUGGUUUUAUUAAUGUGCUAUAUGGGAGAUCUGCAGGAAGGACAAUUGUUGCAAUAUCAUUCUCCUGUGAUUUUAUUUCUGAAUCAUUCUCCCAGUCAAGGUCUUAUAGUGCAUCUGUAUCAUUGGGUGUGGUGUCUGAUCUUCCUCUUGCUCUUGGUGUACCAAUGACCUGGAUCCUACCUCCUCAUUAUAGUUCAUCAAGUCUUUUGCCUUCAUCUUCAGAAUUAGCCAGCCAAUUGGAAACUCACAGUCGCAAGGGAACUGUUACUUAUUCAUUAUUGAGAGAUUGUGGAGGAAAUAAAGAAGAAUUGCAUAAAGAUGCUAUAGUCAUUGAUGGGGACAGAAUAAAAACGACAGAUACUAAUAAUCUUGCAUGCAUUCAGGCGAAAGAUCAUACUACUGGACAAAUUGCAGUUGCAGCUUGUGUAAGGGUUACUGAGGUUGCUCAAAUAAGGAUAACAACUACAGAGCAUCGAUUCCAUACAAUUAAUCUUGCUGUAGGUGCUGAGCUUGAACUCCCAAUAAACUAUUGUGAUGUUCUAGGAAGCCCUUUCCAGGAAGCAAACAAUGUGAUCCUCUUAGAUGCUGACACUAAUUAUCCCAAUAUUGUUUUAAUUGAUGAUGUGCAUGAUGGCUAUAUACGUAUUAAGGGAGCACGCCAUGGUCAGGCUCUUUUGCGAAUAUCGAUGCAUGGUAACUUGCGGAAGUCUGACUACAUGUUGAUCUCUGUUGGGGCUCAUUUAUAUCCUCAAAAUCCAGUCCUCUGCCUGGGCAGCACUCUUAACUUCAUUAUUGAAGGAUUGAAUGAUGAAGUAUUUGGCCCGUGGCUGAGUGCAAAUGAAAGUGUCAUUUAUGUGGAAACACAAUCUGGAAAAGCACAUGCAGUAGGGGAAGGUACAACUCAAGUACUCUUUGAAGGUUCAAAUUUGAAACUGCAAACUGCAGUCACAGUUAUCAAGGGAAGUAUUAUUUCUGUUGAUGCUCCUAAAGAGGCCUUAACAAAUGUUCCGUUCCCUCUAAAAGGAUAUUACUUCUCUGUAAAGUUCAGUGAUGCUUAUGAGAACAAAUCCAAAGCUGCUGGGAAUGAUAAGGAAGUCUUGUAUGACUGCAGGGUGGACCCACCUUAUAUUGGGUAUGCAAAACCAUGGAGGGAUCUGGACAGUGGUAAUUCAUAUUGCCUCUUCUUCCCUUACUCUCCUGAGCAUCUGGUACAUUCUAUUCCCAGAUCAAAGGACAUGAGGCCAGAUAUAUAUGUUUCUCUGAAUGCUGUGUUGAGAGAAGCUAACCAUGUUUCUGGAUCUGCCUCUGCUCUUUUCAUUGGUGGAUUUUCCAUUUUGGAAAUGGACAAGUUGAAUUUCACUCCAGAUCAUAACAAGAGUAUCAUUACUAUCGUGGGAAAUACAGAUGUUGAAAUCUUCUGGCAUAACCGGGAUAUGAUAAUGAUUACCCUCAUUCACAAAGAGGAUUUUGGGGUUGGCAGUCGUGCACAAUUUGAGGUGAAGGUACUUGGAAGCAAGAGAUUCAAUGACACAGUAAUCAUGAUGCUCCCAGCCAAUGGUCAGAAAGUUGUAUUGGACGUCAACUAUGAACCUGGACAAAGAGACGCACCAGCAACUAGUGUUAAUACAACUCUAUGGGCAGGUGUACUCGGCUGUUUGGCAUUGUUGAUUUUAACGGUGGCCAUCUUCAUAUGCAUUCUGGACAGACCUGAUAGAAGUCAGCCAUCCAUCCCUCCUGCUACUCCAAGUUUCACCUCUCCUGCAACAGCCAACUCUGGCAGCUCUGCUAUUUCUAAUGAACGGUCUCCUCGAACACCUCAGCCAUUUGUAGAUUAUGUGAGGAGAACAAUUGAUGAAACUCCACACUAUAGGCGGGAAGGCAGGAGGAGGUUUAAUCCACAGAAUACCUUCUAGAUUUAUCAUGCCAUCUUGUAUAACUCACUCACUCUCCUUUCUCUGGGAUUUUGUUUUGAAGCCAGCAAUUUGCCCAUAAUUUUUUUAAAUGUAUUAUAUGUAUAAUUAAGAUUGAUUAGUUACUCUAA